GUUUCACUGCAAUUGAAUUCGGAGGGAUCCAAACACCCUGCUACUCUUUCAAUAGCCAACAAAGAAUCGCAGUUCGACUGUGGCUGAUUCUAGUUGUUUUCGGAGUCACACUCACACGACGACGAUGGGAAUAUGGUUCAUCGUCCCUGCGGUGGUGGCUGCAUUCUGUGCGGUCAUUUUGGGACUUCUUCUCCGCGCGGUGGGCGGCAGGAAGAGCAGGAAGAGGGCGGUUGGGUUCUUCCAUCCUUACACCAACGACGGCGGCGGCGGCGAGAGGGUUCUGUGGUGCGCAGUCAGAGCCAUUCAAGAAGAGAUCCCUGACCUUGACUGCCUUGUCUACACCGGGGAUCACGAUGCCACGCCACAGAGCUUGGCGGCUCGUGCCGUCGACCGCUUCGGCGUCACGCUUCUCUCUCCUGUAAAGGUGGUUCAUUUGUACAAGAGAAAGUGGAUUGAAGAAACCACUUAUCCACACUUUACCAUGAUUGGUCAAAGUCUGGGUUCUAUGUAUCUUGCAUGGGAAGCAUUGUGCAAGUUCACUCCUUUAUAUUAUUUUGACACAAGUGGAUAUGCAUUUACAUAUCCACUUGCAAGGUUGUUUGGAUGUAAAGUUAUUUGCUAUACACACUACCCAACUAUCAGUACAGAUAUGCUUUCUCGUGUUAGUCAGCGCCGCCUGAUGUAUAAUAAUGAUGCCUCAAUUGCAAAAAGUGUUUGGCUUUCGCGGUGCAAAUUGAUCUAUUAUACCUUCUUCAGCUGGUUGUAUGGGAUUGUAGGAUCUUAUACACACCUAGCUAUGGUCAAUUCUUCUUGGACCAAAUCACAUAUUGAAAAGCUUUGGGGAGUUUCACCUUGUAUUAAGCGGGUCUACCCUCCGUGUGAUACUUCAGGGCUCCAGGUUCUUCCAUUGAAAAGACCAGCUGAAAUUCCCGUGAUAAUAUCGGUUGCACAAUUUCGACCAGAGAAGGCUCACGGUCUCCAACUUGAGGCUUUUUCAGUUGCUGUUAAGAGAUUAGAUUCUAGCUUGCCUAAACCUAGGCUACAGUUCGUGGGUAGCUGUAGAAAUAAAUCAGAUGAGGAAAGACUUCAAAUGUUGAAAGACAAGGCAAUUGAGCUAAAUGUGAAUGAGCAAGUGAAAUUUCACAAGAAUGUAACAUAUAGAGAUUUGGUGGGACUUCUAGGCGCCGCUGUUGCAGGCAUCCAUUCCAUGACAGACGAGCAUUUUGGUAUUAGUGUUGUGGAAUAUAUGGCUGCUGGUGCCAUCCCAAUUGCUCAUAAUUCUGCUGGACCAAAAAUGGACAUUGUGUUAGAUGAAGAUGGAGAACAAACAGGAUUUCUUGCCUGCACCGUUGAGGAAUAUGCUGAUGCCAUUUUGAGAGUUAUAGGGAUGCCAGAGACAGAGAGACUUACAAUGGCUGCGGCUGCGAGGAGACGAGCGACGAGGUUUUCUGAGCAGAGGUUUUAUGAUGACUUCAAAGAUGCUGUACGCCCUAUACUUUCUCAUAGAUCUAGAUGAUGGUUUGGUCUAUCCACAAGUCAGUGAUUGUAACUAAACGCGAUGAGUUCCUAGACUGUCCUCUGCAGAUUGUUAUAAGAUUACAUGGAACUUUGUUCCAAAAACAGUAAUUUUGUUACAGAACAUUUUGUUUUCAUUGCUCUUUAAAAAGAUGUAACAGUUAUACCCAAGUACAAAUCGGUGGAUGUUUUUUACUUGUACAGUAGACAGUUGAAAGCUGGAUUGUAAUAUAAUUGAUCUUGAAUCAAA